AUGGACGCAAUCAAAUCUGGAAUAGAUAAGGCAAAGGAAGCUAUACAUGGCAAAGAAGCCGAAAAAAAAAUCGACGAUGCAACAGAUCCAUCAAAAAAACCAUCUGAACGUAUCGAUGCUGCACAUUCUGCAGCCAAACACGAUGCCAAAGCAGAUGAACAUGGAGUCAAAGCUGAAAUCAACGCCGACAAACACGCAUGUUCAGGAGGAUCAUAAAAUAAAAUGGAUGCUGUAAAAGCUGGUGUCGAAAAAGUUAAAGAAACUGUUCAAGGCAAAAAGGCUGAAGACAAAGCAGAAAAAGCUCAUGAUCCAAAUGAAAAACCAAGUGAUCGUGUAGAUGCUGCAUUUGAUGCUGGUAAAGCUAAAAUGAAAGAACAAGAACAUGCUUGUAAAGCUGAAUGUCAUAAAGACAAACAUGUUUGCCAUUAA